CCAAUCAGAGCUCACGUCAACACCACAUCCCGGAAGUAGGAAGCUCAAACCAAAAAGAGCGCCCUGGUUAAAAGUGGAGACGUUACCUGAAGUGUCCUCCUCGUCACUACCACCAUGAGUUUCUCCCCUGGUCUAGUCGGUCCCCCCGGGGGAACCAAUAUCCAGGAGCAGAGGGACCGCUGGGAGCGGAAACGCAGCCGAACAGCCAAAGAGUUGGUGCAGACAGAACAACGCUACUGCCAGCAGCUGGAGCUGGUCACCACUUACUUUGUGGAGAUCUUGAAGGCCAAAGGAACCCUGAGGCAGGACAUUAGAGAAAGCAUCUUCAGUUCAAUUAAAGCCAUUCAUUCUGUUAACCAAUCCCUGCUGGUCCAUUUGGAGAACAGCUACUUUGGCCGAGGUUUCGACCAAUUCUGUCCCCACCUGCACCACUACACCAUGUAUGCGGACAACAUCUACAAGGCCAGAAAAGCGCUCACGAUCCAACUGAAGAAAAACAAGUCCUUCAGACGUUUUAAGAAACUGCAGGAAGCCCGACCAGAGUUCAAAAGCCAAACACUCGAGGAGCUACUUCAACUUCCGGUGCUGAGGAUUGAUCAGUACAAACACUUCCUACAGGACCUGACUGCCAACACAAGUCCAGACAACCCCGAGUUUCUGCAGCUUUCAAGUGCUGUGACUGCGAUAUGCGGUGUGUCCCAACGCAUUCAGGACAAUACCCGGCGCCAUGAGAACCACCUGCAGCUUUGCCGGGUGCAGAAACUGCUGAAGGGGCGAAAGACGAAGGUGUUGGCUGCAGGGAGGUGGUUCAUCCGUGAGGGCUGGCUGAAGGUGGUUCCUCGGAAAGGUGCGGCCGUCAAGCCCAAGCUGUUCUUCCUGUUCUCCGACAUGCUGCUGCAGGCCAAGCGCUGCGGCCCGAUGCAACUCACAAACAGGGACAAGUUUGCCGGCCAGCACGCCUACCCCCUGCAAGAGUGCAUCGUGGAGAAGGUGUUCGGCCACACCAGAAGCCAGGGAGGCCUGCUCAGCUUAACCUUCCCCAAAGCCAACCUUCUGCUGAUGUCCUGCAACCAGGAGGAUCUCAAUGACUGGUACCAAAGCCUGAGCUCAGCCAUCGGGAAGCUGCAGUCUAAGGAGACAGUAGUCCAUCAAAGGGACGAGUUGUGCCGGAGACCUCUCCGAUCAGCCGCCGACAGCGAAAACACGCCCAGCAGCAGCAGCAACAACCCCGGCAGGAAGAGAAACAAGGUGAGCUCUGAGACCAGUGAGCAGACUCAGAGGCCUCCGUCUGAGUCGGAGGGCAGCGCCCCCAAGAGGAUGAAGCCGUCUGACGCUCCGGAGCACAGGGAAAUGGUUUGAUCCUGAGUGAAGAGGAUUUUAAACUCUUUCUUCUGUGUCCAGCAGUGCAGAGGCGUCCACUUCCAGCUGUAUGAUCCUCUGAGGACUUCGGUCUCAGGUGAUGGUGGGUCCCGCAGGCUGUCUGAGAGUUUCACUUCAGACUGAUUUUAUGCCAAACAUGACGACACAAAACUAUACGUCUGUGUUGUUAACAUUUUAACUGCUUUAACUGUGCAGGUCAGGAGAUUUUGAACAUUACUAACAGCAGCUUCUGCUCAUCCUGUGCAAUAUAAACCUUUUUAUUAUAUACUUAUUUUAUCAAUCUAAGCUGCUUUAAAGACCAAAUAUCAUGAAUGUUUAACUGGGAGAUUUGUGUUGCUGCUGCUUGUCUAAACGUACAAUGUUGAAACCCCCACACCGCAUAUGUCCUGUUUCGGAGGGCGGUCCCUGAAUGCACCACUCCCCCAGUCACACUAGAUGCAGUCUUUACAAAGAAAAUGUGUAUUUAUUAUUUUAAUUUGAUUUAGAUAAAGGAUCAAAUAAACGUAUCAUACGUGGGAAAAGUCAAACUGGGCAAUAUAAAAGAAAUAAUAUAAAGAUUAUAAAAUCAAUGGUCAUGUGAACAAAUACAGUACAAUAUAACAAAGAGGACCACAUUUUGUUAAAGGCAAAAAAUACAACUCAACUGAUUUUUAAACUUAUUUCUCGCAUAUUAUUUCUAUUUUCGUUUUAUACAUCAUGUCUCUUGUCAUGGUAGUGUUUCAUAUUAAAUGCUCUCUCACCUUUUAGCCUGAAAUAUUGGUGAGAGAAGCAGAUAUUUGGAAAAGGUCAUUUUGAAAUAACAGACUGAGACUUUAAAGACACCAAAAAUCAACAAUAAGUGAUUGAGCCGUUUAAUGAUUUUAGUGUCCAUGAUUUAUUUGAUAUUAGUAGUGGUCAUUAUAACUCCCAUUAUUAUGACUGGGAUUGUUUUUUGUCCAUCUUAAUACAGAUCCUAAAUUAUUAAUGAUCACACUAUUGAUUAAGUGCAGUGGUGAUUUGGCUUGGGAACCGGAAGGUCACUGGUUCAAGUCCCCGAAAGACAAAGUGCUACCCGAGGUGUCCCUGUGCAAGGCACCAUCCCUUACACUGCUCUCCUGGCGCCAUACUUAUGGCAGUCCACUGUUCCUAACACUCGGAUGGGUGAAAUGCAGAAUGGAAAUUUCCCCUCUGUGGGACCGUUAAAGGUUCCUUCUCUUCUCUUCUCUAAUGAACGAGCCCCCUAGAUAAGUGCUCAGUGUUCACUCGUCACUACAACACUGCCAAGAUCCUGAUCAUGUGUUCCAAUGUAGAAUCACUGGUGUCCUUUUGAUUGUGUGUUUGCAUGCGGGGAUUAUUUUAACUAUGUGAAAUGGAAUCAGUGCCUUUAAUCAGCUCCACUGUUUUCUAACAGAUUCUAUUUGAUACUAUCUUGUGUUUUUAUUACAUGAAGUGCUUUAUUUACAUUUAUCCGUUUAUAUAUUUCCUUUUAUCAUAUCCUUUAUGAACAAGUCAAUAAAUAUUUGCACCUCUACUGCAAAGUAACUCAUAUAUUCUGUUCACUCUAUUAUUCGACACUUUUAAAAGCUGUUAAUCUGGUUACAAAUAAUGACUGAAGAAAUCACUGAAACAUCUCAAUAAAACUCUCAAAUAAG